AUGUCCAACCCCAACUGGAAGCAGCUCAACGUUGCGGUCGUCGGCGGCGGCCUCGGCGGCAUGGCGGCGGCGGUUGCGCUCCGCCGCGCUGGUCACAAGGUCUCGAUCUAUGAGCGCCGCGACUUCAAGGUCGAAGUCGGCGCGUCGAUCUCGUGCGCGUACAACGGCGGCCAGUGGCUUCGCGAGUGGGGCGUCGACGUCAAGCGCGGCAAACCUGUCAACCUCAUGAAACUCACCAUGCGGGAUUGGGAGACGGGCAAGAUCCUCAACCAGUACGACCUCGACCAUUACGAGCAGGACUGGGGACUGCCCUACUACAUGUUCCACCGCGUGGACAUGCACGAGAUGCUUCUCGAGUGUGCGACUUCGCCAGACGGCGAGGGCGAACCGGCAACCGUCGUUGUUGACCACAUUGCCAAGACCCUCGACUAUGAGAAUGGUGUGGUGACAUUCGAGAAUGGCGAGGUCAUCAAGGCCGACGUCAUCAUUGGAUCAGACGGUAUUCGCUCCGUUCUCCGUAAGGAGAUUGGCGUCAUUCCUCAAAUGCGUAGUGCGCCACAGACUUGUUACCGCUGCAACGUCAAGAAGUCGGAUAUUGAGAAAUUCGGGCUCAUGGCCGAUGCCGUCGACCCCGCCAUUCAGUUCUGGGGCGGUUUCACAAAGGGCGACAUUAACCGCUACUACAAGAUUGUCAUGUCGCCAUGCUCGGACGGCGAGAUUGUCUCGUUCUACUGCUUCAUGCCUACCGAAAUGACAAACCACACCCAGGAAGGUUUCGUCUUCGAGGAGGUGCCCGUCUCGGACAUUAUGGCCGGCAUGUACAACCGCCUGGACCCUCUGGCCAAGGGCCUGAUCGAGCACUCGAUCGACCGCAUGCCGUGGCGCCUUUACGUUCACCAGCCCUACCCCUACUGGCACAAGGGCAAGACUGUCAUUCUCGGUGACGCUGCUCACCCAAUGAUGCCGCACCAGAGCCAGGGCGCCUGCAUGGCCAUCGAGGACGCCGCGGCUCUCGGCAUCAUCUUUGGCAAGGAGUAUGACUUUGCCAACAACGUUGAGGCUGGUCUCGCGUUCUACGAGCACAUCCGUAAGCCUCGCGCUACCCGCGUACAGGCUGCCUCGGCUCGCGCUACCGAGAACCUCAAUGAGCGUAUUGGCUUCACUUCGCUCUCGGCUCCCGACGCCGCUCUCGCUGCAAAGGAGGGCAAGCUUACCGUCAACGAGAUGAACGAGUACAAGAUGCACGACCACAUCGCCAAGGAGGCCAAGCACUUUAGCAACCUCUUCUCCUCGCCCCAGACCUCGCCCAAGGCUCUGCCGUCCGCCUAA